AUGUUGAGAGGUUCAAUAAAGACAACCUCAUUGUUAAAAUAUAAUUCAGUCAAUUUUCUAAGGAAUACUGGAACAAGAAUGUCACUGUCUACUAAAACCACAAACGGCACAGCUGCUACUACUGAUUAUGGUUCUUCUUCUGAUGAACAACCUCAAGUACUGUUCACUGUUAGAGAUACUGCGAGAGUAGUCACCUUGAAUAGACCUCAAAAAUUAAAUGCUUUGAACACAAACAUGUGUUCGAUGAUGUUUAAUACACUAAAUGAAUAUUCUAAAUCAGAUAUGAUUAAUUUAGUUAUAUUGAAAUCUUCCAAUGGGAAACGAUCUUUCUGUGCAGGUGGAGAUGUUGCAACUGUAGCUUCAUGGAAUUUGGCUAAAGAAUAUAAGAAAUCCGUCGAGUUUUUUCAACAUGAGUAUUCUUUGAAUUUCCAACUUGCAACGUUUAACAAACCAAUCAUUUCAAUAAUGGAUGGUAUUACAAUGGGUGGCGGUGUAGGAUUAUCAAUUCAUACACCAUUCCGUAUUGCAACGGAGUAUACCAAAUGGGCUAUGCCAGAAAUGGAUAUUGGAUUCUUCCCCGAUGUUGGUGUUACAUUUGCAUUACCCAGAGUUAUCACCAUUUGUAAUAACAAAUCUCAAAUGGCAAUGUAUUUGUGUUUAACGGGUGAUGUUUUAAAUGGUGAAGACGCAUACACAUUAGGUUUAGCAUCGCAUUAUGUUACACAUGAGAACUUAGCAAAUCUUGAAAGAAGGCUGGGUGAAAUUACAGAAGUGGAUGUUUUCCGUAGAAGUGAUAAAUAUAUUAAUAAACAGGAUAAAGGUGACAAAUUGAUGAAUAUUAUUAAUAAUUCUAUCAAGGAAUAUAGCUAUCAAUUACCAAAUAAUUAUAAGUUUAGAUAUUCUGAUGCACAACUUGAAGUUAUUGAGAAAUGUUUCGAUGUCACAAAAGUACAGAACAUCAAUGAUGUAAUUCGUAAUUUAGCAUCAUAUGAAGGUUCUAUUGGCGCUAAGAAUUUUGCCCUUGAAAUAAAGGAUAAACUGACCAAAAAAUCAUUUACUUCCAUGAACCUAGUUAUUAGAUUAUUACAGGAUAAUUCUAAAGACCAUAUCGAGUCAUCGAUAAGGAGAGACUUAUAUACAGCAGCUAACAUGUGUCAUAAUAACGUAGAUGGACUGUCAGAAUUCUCAGAAGCAACUAAUCAUAAAUUGAAUUUGAAAAAUAGAGAGGCUUAUCCUUGGAAGAACAACUCAAAAACAAUUUUAUCUACCCAAGUUACUUCAUUGACAUCUCCAAAACCAUCGAUUCCGUUAUCUCUAUUGAAGAAUAGUGUGGAUGUCACUUGGAACAAUUAUCCAUUCCACGGUAAAUACCAAUUGCCGACCGAAAGCUUUAUUAGAAAUUUGAUUUCUAAAAACGACUUCACUAAGGAAUCAUUAAUUCAAUAUUUCAUGAACAAUAAUUCAUUCACUAAAGAUAAAGUUGGAGUGAGACAUAUUUGUAAUAACAUCAUCAGAAGGAAAUGUAAGCCAACUGGAGAAAGUUCACUACUGAAAUGGAUUGAUUAA